AUGUAUAUCAAUGGUCUCUUUCUUCUGACAGCCAUCAGCAUUGACCGGUGUGUUGCUGUCCUCUUCCCAAUCUGGCAUCGUUGUUCCCGGCCCAAAUAUUUAUCCUUUGCUGUCUUUGCCUUCCUCUGGAUCUUCUCUUCCAUCCUAAUUGGAAUACAUUACAUAAUGCAGGAUUUCUUUUGGAAUCUCCAUUUGGUGGUGACUGCUGUGCUUUGCCUUCCAUUGAUCACAGCCACUACUGUAAUCCUAUUCAUCAAAAUAUGUCUUAAAUCCCAACAGGUCAAACGUGGAAGACUUUUAAUGAUGAUCUUAAUUACUCUUCUCUGUUUCCUUGUUCUUACUCUUCCUUUAUAUAUCUACGUGUUGACUACUCAUUUUCUUAACAAGAAGAAUUUGUUUGAUGCUAAUGAACUGAAUUUCUACUUAUGUCCAAGUGCUUCCCUAAACAGCAGCAUUAAUCCAGUGAUUUAUUUCCUGAUUGGGAGAAAAAAACGAGCUCGGACCAGGGAGAGCAUCAAGGUCGUUUUUCAAAAAAUCUUCAGGGAAGAUGAAGCUCCUGAAACCAUAUAAAAAUUUAUAAACAGUUUCAAAACCUCUGUAAAUAGAAAAUUUCAGCUUUUCUUUAACUCUGGAUAUCUCUUUUGAGUACAAAAUUAUUGCUACAGAAAUAAAGUAUAACCAAGUUUUCUUUGCUUCAAAAAAUGUUAUCAAACUUCAUCGUGAAGAUUGGGGGGAAA